CACAGCGACAACCCGACUGAGAGCGCACAGACUGUGUGCAUCAGUGCACCAUGGAGAGAGCAGCUGUGGUGUCGAGCCGCAGGAGUCCCUCAGUACCAGAAUGCAACAUCUCCACCUCCACCUUGGCCUUCGACCAGCACUUCACCACAACUGCCAAAGGAAUACUCCUCCUGGCUGAGAUAGUUUUUGGUAUGUUGGUGUGGAUUCUGGUAGGGGGCACAGAGUAUUUUCAUCUGUCUGCUCUCUGCUGGGUGAUGUUUGUUUCCAUCUUGUGUUGGGUUCUGACAGUUUGCCUGUUUUUAAUCUACCUCACUGGGACCCACAACAGGAUACCACAGGUGCCCUGGACUACACUGUCGCUGUGUUUGAACUGUAGUGCUGCAGCUGUGUAUCUGGUGACAGCAGCAGUAGACGCUCACUCAGUCAACCAGGCCGUUAGGGGGCGACACAACUACAACUGCUGGGCAGCAUCUACAUUCUUUGCAUUUCUGACCACACUGUGCUAUGCAGGAAGCAGUUACCUGAGCUACUGGGCCUGGAAAACCACACAAGAACAAUAGUCUCAUUACUUGCUGUUUGAAGACAACAAUGUUCACACUUUCUCUGAGGAAUGGGCGUGAUGGAGAUCUAACUUCGGAGCAGGACAAGGCUAAAGUCAAAUUUAAACUUGUAAGGAAACUGUUAAUAUGAUCACAAGUCAGUCCACAAAACAGUGGAAUCUGAGUUCAAAUGUACAGGCAAAAAAUAUUUUCAGCAUGUUGGAGGUUGUACUGUACUGUAGCGUCACACACAUGAAUGAGCAGUCAGCCGUCUACAGUCCUGCACCCAGUAACUUUUUGUUUCAUGUAAAUCUCAAUGAAGUUGGUCCCUGGUGUUGGAAAAAACAGGACACACAAAUAAGAACGAAAGUUGUUUUAUUAAUUUUGUACAAUAGCCACAAGGUCUUGAGAAAAAAAAAGUCAAACUCGUACCUUGUCGCAUCAGCAGUAUUUAAUAUGGUUCAGAUUGAACAUUUCUACAACCAUUAAAAUUAUGCAGAAAUAAAAAAUCACAUUGUCAUUUGUA